AGGCUGCUGUGGUGACGGCGUCGACCAUGAAGUGCUACACACCGUGUCACAACCCUGUGCACAUUCCAGGCAGGUGCUGUCCAUCCUGUGCCGGGUGUUCCUUUGGAGGGAAAGUAUUUAAAAAUGGCGACACGUUUACCCCAGGAGGGGACCCCUGUAUUGAGUGUAGCUGUAAGAAAGGGACCAUCUCGUGCGAGAAAAGGGCCUGUCCCGUCAUGAACUGCCCUCCGGACCGGAUCUACCUGCCUGAAGGGAGCUGCUGUCGGAAAUGUAAAGGGUCUCGGAAGAUCUACGAUGUGUCUUUGGUCUGCUUCUUUCGGAACAAGAUUUACUCCAAUUCCAAACACAUACGUGCAGACAACUGCACCGACUGCACAUGUAUGGAAGGCACAAUGGUAUGUAGCAGUCCGACAUGUCCGGUCCUUAUAUGUCCAGUGGAGCAACAGUACACGACGCCGGGCAACUGCUGUCCCAAGUGUAAAGUGAAACCCAGGAAGGAAUGUCGCUAUAAUGGACAAAUACAAAUGCAUGGAGACAAGUGGCAGCGUGACGUGUGCACGGCGUGCGAGUGCAGGGACGGACACGUGCAUUGCACCAUGGAAGAAUGUAACAACACUCUGAAGUGCCCUAAAGGUUAUAAGUUACAGCUGACCCCUGAUACGUGCUGUCCAGUCUGUGUUGAAGAAGCCAUCUGUACAGUAUUCGGCGAUCCUCAUUAUCGAACUUUCGACGGCAAGAUUUACAACUUUCAGGGUCGCUGCAAAUAUGUUUUAGCCAGGGACUGUGUUGAUCGAACGUUUAGUAUUAAGGUCCAAAACGAUGCACGCCUCACCUCCGAUUUCUCGUGGACGCAUCGUGUCACCAUCUUGCUACCGAACUUUCGGGUGACAUUACAACAGAAACUGAUCGUCAAGGUGAACCGACGGCGCAUAAAGCUUCCUUUCCGGUCAGUAACGGCCCCAACGAUGUGGAUUCGACAGGAGGGUCAUUCGGUGGUGAUGAAUGCUCCGAACGGUAUGCAAGUAGUGUGGGACGGAGACAGCUUCCUGGAGAUAACGGUGCCAAGCAUGUUCAAGAAGAAGCUGUGCGGUUUGUGUGGAAACUACAACGGUGACCCGACCGAUGAUUUAAUCGGGAAAAAAGGUGUCACUUACUACAACGAACAAGAGUUUGGCGACAGUUGGAGAACCGGUAGUCUAUCAGCGUGCCGAAACCGACUGACGCCUCUCCAGAAGAAGGAAUCGCCAUGUGAGAAGAAUUUCAAAACGCGAGAACGCGAGUGCCAAAUACUCCUCAGCGACGUCUUCGUUGAGUGCCGCAAAAAAGUCGACCCUAAAACAUAUUACAGGUCAUGUCUAAUGGAUAUGUGUGAUUGUCCCAAAGGUAAACUCUGCUCCUGUGAGUCCCUACUGGCCUACAGUCGGGCCUGUACAAGAGAAGGGCUGUACAUACCACAAGAAAAAUACGGACAUUGUAAAGACAAGACGUGUCCCGACGGUGCUGAAUUCAACGUGUGUGGCCCAGCCUGUGCUCGAACCUGCGACAAUAUCAACUCUAUAGAUCGAUCCUGCCUCAUGAAACCGUGUGUGAGGGGUUGCCACUGCACACAUAACAGACCUGUAUUCCACAAUGGACGAUGCAUCCCAGCCCACAGGUGCCCAAAAGGCAAACAAGCCACUACAUAGCAAAAUAGCUAUAUAUAUAUAUUAUAUGUUUAU